AACUGUCAGCCAAUCAGAAGUCUCAGAGGCAGGUGUUGCUCCAGGUCGAGAAAUUGACAUUAGCCCAGGAGCUGGACAUCCACGCGCAGCAGAAGCUUGGCAGUGAAUCUCUGACUAGCCAGCUGGAGAUUACAGAGAGGGAGAACUCCAAUGCAAUGAUGUGCGAUAAAGACGAAGAACUAGAGACACUACGCAAUGAGAUUGCAGUGCUUCGUGUGGAAAAUGCCAUGGCCAAGACGCUCCAGUCGGCCGUGACGUCUCUGGAGAGGGACAAAGCCCAGCUGCAGAGCCGAGUGAACAGCCUGGAGCAAAAGCUGGAGGGCCGGCAGACGGGGAACAGAGAGGAAGUCACUUCAGGUGAUGCUGCUAUAGACCAUCUGAGAGAAGAGAAAGAGUUUGCUGAGGGACAGAUCAACUUCCUGAACUCCGUCAUUGUGGACCUCCAGAGGAAGAAUGAAGAACUAAAGGUGAAGCUGAAGAAAAUGGCAUUGACCGAGUUCAACGGAAAUGAUGAACAUGAUAGUCUUGGUGAGGUCAACAAGAAGAAGAAAGCCCCACCACGUGUUUUCUGCGACAUCUGUGACUGCUUCGACCUGCACGACACGGAGGACUGUCCCACACAAACACAAUCCCCAGACUCGCCUCCGCACACCACGUACCACGGGAGCCGCAGCGGUGAACGACCGUACUGCGACAUCUGCGAGGCGUUCGGUCACUGGACAGACUCUUGCAACGAUGACCAAACCUUCUGAACUUCCCUUCAACCCCUCGACCUGUGAGCAGGCUAUGCACAGAUCGCUUUCGACCAGAUUAUACGCUAUUUUUGUACACAGCAUAUAUAUACAUUUGAACCUCUUGAACAUUCUCUAAACGAAUCUGCCCAAACGAAGGCUAAAGUAUGCUGCAUUGAUGGAAUUUGAAUGUUAUGAAGGCGAGAGUUAUUUCUCUGUGUUUUCAGUACUGUUUUGUGUGUUUCGUACGUUUUUCACUGUCCUGUGUGGAUUGAUCUAAUGAUGAAUUACCAGCAAGAAAUUUGGGAACGGUUUAGCGAUACUUUGCAGUGUAUUUAAAGCUGCUGUCUGUAAUUUCUAGUGGCACAAAAUGGAAUGACUGUUUCCAAACAGGUUUCCUUCUCUCUACCAUUGUAGCUCCGCCCCAAACUCACCCCGUUGGUUGCGUCAGAAGUUGACAUUUCAGGACGCUCAAAGAAACAGCAAUGUUUUGAAAGUGCCACAAAGCUGCAGCCUGUGUUUGGAUUGGUAUACUAGCACAAUGCAUACUGCACACUAGUCAGUAUACACUGAAUACUGCCCACAAUUUUUAGAUAGUAUGUGAAAUGGUACAUAUUAUGCAACAAUUAAAAUUAAGCUAAGAAUUGUUUUUAAAAAUCAUAGCAGAUUUUCAUUUCAGCUUGUCUGUUACAUACAAAAUCGACUCAUGUUGAGCACAUUGCAUUGUGGGAUCUGAUGGUAUGCUGCACAUUUUCACCCAGGUAUUCUAUGCAUACAGAAAUUCUACAUACUAGGCACAAUGUACAUACUGUAGUAUGGUAGUAUGCUAUUCCGAACAUAGCCACAUUUGCACUUUUCAGUAAUUCGCCCUACAAAUGGUUUACUUACAGUGGUCUCUGCAUAUUAAACCAGGAUAGAAGAUUUUAAUGAAGUUAUUUUAAUAAAACAAAUUUACACACUUCAGUUUAAAGAACAUGUAAUGGACUGUUAUGACAGACACAAAACAGUACAAUGAGUGCACCAAAAAAAAGCUAAAGCCACUAUUAACUUGUUGCACUUCUCACUUUAAAUGUAUACAGCACAUGAGUUUAACUGCUAUUGUUUGGAAGUAAGUUAUUAUUUUUACUGUUAAAUGUCAGACAUAUAGUUAUAAUAUUGUCAUAUGAAUGGCUUUUUAUGUGUAUUUUGAUGGUAUGUCCUGUAGAUUUCAGGCCUAUUCACACCAAGUCUGAAUUUUCGGCACAAAAUAAAUGCACGGCAAGAUUUUAAGAUUAAACCAUUUUUGUGCACAAAUUCAAGAUUUAUUUAAAAUACAGAACAGUUACUUCAGGUAUCCAGACUUUUUUUUUGAGAGGAUGAAGAAAAUGUUGCAACAAAAUACAGUGCAGAAUAGUUUUGGUGCAAAAAAGGGUUUUCAAAUAUUUUAAAAUUCCAUGUAUUUUAGUCGCCUCAAACUUGGUGUGAACAGACCUUUACUAAAGCACAAUUUUUAAGAUCAUAUUGUAUAUCUUAUUGUUGAUGUAAUAUUAACAACAAAGUUUAUUUAGCAACCUAAUAAACUUCAAGUGUUAGAAUUGGUAACCCGCAAUGACAUGGUGCACAAGAUAUUAAAUAUGUAUAUUAUUCAUGAUUAUUUCCCUUCUGUUUAAAUGAAUUUGAUCAGAAAAUUUUGCUUUCUGUUUCUACUGAAAUAUUGUGACAGUCUUUAACUAUUGUACUGU